CUUGCUUACUUCAGUUCAGAAGCUUCGGAUGCCGGAGUGUCGAUUUAUAGAUGUAGAAAAGUGUUUCAUUCUGCAAAGGAAAUAAGUCCUUUGACAAACUUGUGUAUUAUGGAACAAAGCUAACAGUAGAUUUACAUAGUUAUUAAACUAUGUAGGGAUGCAUCGUAGAUUUUGUGCCACUAAAUUUUCGUUUGAUAAAUAACUGUUUUCUCUAAAAACUUUGGUUAUACCUAACUAAACGUCUUUUUGAGUCUUCAUCUCGUUUGAUAUGGCCGUCGUUGGAGAAUUCGAUUACUUAUGUCGCCUGUGUGCUACGAAAACAGGAAUUUUGAUGGGUUUGCCAAUUUUCGAAGCUGGAGAUCGAUUGAGAAAUAUUGAUAAAAAAAUAGCUGCUUGUUUGCCUGUACAAGUUUCUUUGAGUGAUCAGCUUCCUAAAGUUGUUUGUGAACCUUGUGCUUUUAAGUUAGAUCAGAUGUUUGAUUUCCGAGAAAAAUGUUUACACACUGAAGAAUUGUUUAUGGAAAUGUUAAAAGAAAUAAAAGAUGAAAAUAUUCAUCAUAUAGAAGAUUCUUUGCAAAAUGUCAAUGAAAUACCGGUUAUUCAAACAGACAUCGAACCAAUUUCUCAUAAUAUAAAUAGUAUUCAAACUCCUGGAACGCAUUCUGAAACGGCUGAACCUAAUAUUCAUACAAUGAGAGUAAUGGAUGAAAUGGAUUUAGCUGGUGGUGAACAAGUUGUUACACAAGAGGAAAUUGGACAACAGGAAACUGACAUCGAAGUCUCAGGAAUUGACUGUCUAGAUAGUCAUACUGUUCAGAUGGUUGAUGAACAUAUUCAUGAUGUUUCUAAUCAUCAAAUAACUAUGCAUUUGGAUGGUGGAAUGACAGUGGUAGGAAAUUUAACAGUAGAUCAUCUUGGAAUAAAUUAUGUAACAGCUAUAGAUCCAGGUUCUCAAAGUGAAGAACAAAUACUUCAUUAUUGUGAAAAUGAUAAAUAUGAAACAGUAGCAGUAAAGGAAGAAUAUGAAAGAAUACAUGAUAGAUUAACAACAGAUGCGUCUACACGCAAUAUGGAAAAUAAUGUUGCAAAUGAUGGCUUCUCUCAAACUCAAGCAGCUACUGAAAGUGACGUUGAUGAAACAAUUGGUAAUAAAGCACAAGGUUCUGGAGUAUCUGAAUCCCUUCAUUCCAGUCCAAUGCCGUCCACAAGCCAAGAAACUGCGAAUAAUAUUGAAAUUGUUGUUGAAUAUACCGGAAAUACUAAAAGCGGAUUAUUAGAGAGUAUAUUAAAUAAUCCUACAAUAGAUGAUACAGGUUCUAAUUGGUAUAUUUGUCCUUUCUGUAAAAUAGCUGCUAAUGAGCCGAACAGUCUUGUUGAACACUUUGAACAACAUUUUUGUUCUUGCCCAUGUGGACUUUUCUUUACAAGUGUUGAAGAAUUUAAUCUUCAUGGACAACAGUGUUCUUUAGAGAAAGUUGUAGGACCAAAAAAUGAAAUUGAAAAAACAGAAUCUUCAGAAUCUGUACCUACUACUGAUAAUACCACAGAAGGAAGCAAAAAAGCACAAUCAAAUGUUAGACAAAAAUGGACUCCAAAAGUUUGUAAUCAAUGCGGUAAACAGUAUCGUACUAAUUACAAACUCCAAGAGCAUAUGAGAAAACAUACAGGAGAAAAACCUUUUCAGUGUCUAUUAUGCGAAAAAGCUUUUAGGAGUAAAAUUGGUCUUGCUCAACAUACAGCAACUCAUACGGGUCAAUUUGACUAUAGUUGCUCUACGUGUGGAAAAGGUUUUCAAUGUAAAAGUUAUUUGAUUGUUCAUCAACGAGUUCACUCAGACUUAAAACCAUACCCUUGUAAUACUUGUGGACAAAAUUUCAAAACUAAGCAAUCACUUUUAGAUCAUCAAAAUCGACAUCUUGGUGUUAAGCCUUACAUGUGUGAGAUUUGUGGUAGAGGGUUUAUUACUAAAGGAUUGUGUAAAAGUCAUCAAAAAAUACAUUCUGGAACUGAUAAUCGUCAAUAUCCGUGUGAAGUUUGUAAUAAAAUGUUUGUUAGCAAAAGCUACUUGAAUACUCACCUCCGAAUUCAUACUGGUGAGAAACCUUAUCUUUGUGAAGUUUGUGGAAAAGGUUUUCUCACAAGAGUAGAUCUUAAAAUUCAUUCUACGAUGCAUACUGGAGAAAAAAGUUUUCAAUGUGAGAUGUGUCAUAAAGUCUUUGCAAGACGAGCAGCUUUGAGAUGUCAUAGGAGAUCACAUACAGGAGAGCGUCCUUACCGGUGUGACGUAUGUGGAAAAACAUUCACACAAUUUAGUCCAAUGGCCAUUCACAAAAGACUACAUACGGGAGAACGCCCUUAUGAAUGCGAUAUGUGUGGUAAAGCUUUCGUUUCGAGAUCGACCAUGAUGUGCCACAAAAAGAAACACCAUUUGCCUGAAACUUCUGCUGAGAAAGAAGCAAAUAAUGAUGAAGCAGCAGUAAAUGGUGUUCCAUCAUCAAUUAUUAUUAGGGCAUUGUAUGAUGAAAUUGAAGUAAAUGCAGACUGAGCAGAUUUUAAAUGUAGCAUGUCUCAUACAGUUGAUCAUAAAAAAAAUACAUUUGCAUUUAACGCUUAUACAUCAUUUUAAUUAAUGAAAAAUUUUAAUUCAAUCAAAAGUCAUUUCUUAUGUCUACCGGGUGGUCAUAAUCACUCAUUAAUGUUUUUUACCUUUAGUAAUACCUGAACAAUUUAGUAAUCAUAGUGACUUAUGAUAAACAAUAGUAAUAUUUGUAAUAGCGAUUAAAUCUUGUAAAUAAAUAAUGGAUGAAGAAUGAUUAAUGCUAUGAAAAGACGAAUUGGAUUCGUGCGAAAUUUAAUGUCAUAAAUUGUGAAAAUAUUUAUUCGAUAUGUUUUAUCGAGUUUUUUUGGAAUUUCUUGUAUAAUUAUGAAAAUAAUAAAAUUGAAUUUCUUAAUAAAAAUAUUUUUAUAUACUAUUUGUUAUAAUCAAGGCAAUAUAAAUGUUGUGUGAUUUUCAAAUAUUCAUAAAUUUAUAAGUUUAUUGAGUAGAUUACUUUUAGAUUUAUAAAAGUACUUUUUUACUUACGUUCUUAUUUUUUGUUCUAUUUUAAGACAUCGAAUCAAAUACGUUAUUUAUACGAGCAGAACUGAUUUUGAUUAUUUUAACAAAUUUUAUUUUAUACACGAUGACAAUAAGAAAUAAAUUAAGAAAUAUGAGUAUUCAUCGACUCUGAAUGAAAAUGUCAGGAAGGCUGAUAUGAUGACCAAGCAAAUUUAUUGAAAUUUUUCCUGCUUUUAACAAUCUUUUCAAAAUGUGUAUAGUAAUGAGUCAAUGUCAGAUAAAAAAAUACAUUCUAUAAAAUUUAUUGAACUUUUAUGAGUAAUAAAAAUAUUUGUAAUAAAUUUAAUUGGUUAAUAUUAGGAAUAAUUAAAUAUAAACUAGUAUUUUUCUAGAAAAUGCUCUUU